UCCAUUAUAUACUACACUUAAUUCUAUUUUAAACCCAAAUACACACAUUAUGUUUGGUUUACGUCAACAUACUCAUUAAAUUUGUCAGGCAUAUCUAUAGACCACUCAAUAAUAUUGUUCGCCGCUCUCGAGUGUUCAGAAGGCUGAUGGACCGGGUACCAUGAGGCUGUGCUGCAAACCCCGCCCCUUGUUACUCCUGCCGUUGCUGGAGCCAGCCUUCCUGAAUGGACAUUCUCCCCGGGUCAUUGUCAACCCUUGGGCGUUGACCCACAGGCUCCUCCCUCACAGAGGUCUGAAAACGAAAGGCCCCGCCUCCCACCUCACCAGACAGCAGGAGUCUGUGGAAGUGCUAGGGCAACUCUUCCACCGUGAUGACUACACCAACGUGACUGCCAAGAUCCUCUCCAAAGUUGGGCGCAACCUGCACAACCGAGCCCACCACCCGCUGUGGCUCAUCAAGGAGCGCAUCAAGGCCCACUUCUACCGGACCUACACGGGCCGGUCGGGCAUGCCCCUCUUCUCGGUCCACGACAACCUCAGCCCCGUGGUGACCGUGGAGCAGAACUUCGACAGCCUGCUCAUCCCCCCCGACCACGCCAGCAGGAACAAGGGCGACAACUACUACCUGAACCGGAGGCACAUGCUCCGAGCGCACACCUCGGCCCACCAGUGCGACCUGGUGCGCUGCGGGCUGGACGCCUUCCUGGUGGCGGGGGACGUGUACCGGCGAGACGAGAUCGACUGCAGCCACUACCCCGUCUUUCACCAGAUGGAAGGCGUCAGGCUCUUCUCCAACCACGAGCUGUUUGCACAGGUGGAGCAUGGCGAGGACCUCUGCCUGUUUGAGAGCGGGGGUCGCCGUACCCCUCAGAAGCAAGAGACGCACACGCUGGAGGCCGUCAAGCUGGUGGAGUUCAGCCUGAAGCGGACCCUCACCCGCCUCGUCAGACACUUGUUCGGGGAAGAUCUGGAGAUCCGCUGGGUGGAGUGCUUCUUCCCCUUCACCCACCCCUCUUACGAGAUGGAGGUGCGUUUCCAGGGUGACUGGCUGGAGGUGUUGGGCUGUGGAGUGAUGGAACAGGAGCUGGUCUGCUCAGCUGGGGCAGAGAACAAGAUGGGCUGGGCAUUUGGGCUGGGCCUGGAGAGGCUGGCCAUGGUUCUGUAUGGGAUCCCAGAUAUCCGGUUGUUCUGGAGUGAGGACGAGCGCUUCCUGAAGCAGUUCUGCCUGCCCCACAUCGAUGACACCGUCACCUUCCAGCAACUGAGCAAAUACCCUCCCUUGAUAAAUGACAUAUCCUUCUGGCUUCCGGCUGAAGGCUACACGGAGAAUGACUUCUAUGACCUUGUGAGGACUAUUGCCGGGGACCUGGUGGAGAAAGUGUCCCUUGUUGACCAGUUUGCUCAUCCAAAGACUGAGAAGGUUAGCCACUGCUACCGCCUCACAUACCGCCACAUGGAGAGGACCCUGACCCAGGAGGAAGUGCGGCUCAUCCACCAAGCCAUUGAGACAGCUGCAGAACAGGAGCUGGGGGUGCAGGGGAGGUAUUGAUCCCCAAUUCUCAUUUCUCAGCCCGCACGGACCACCAGGCAGGAGGACGUCUUAUAACAAACUGGAUCAAGGACAGUCCCUGCGAGCCAACAUACAGGUCUUCAGCACCGGUUUAAUAGAAAUGCCUUAAAUCAGCUUCCCAUCUGUUCUGAAGUGGCUUAAAAAGUGACUCAAGUAAAGAGUAGAAAAUGUGUUAGAUUUAAUGUCACCCAGAUUUAUUAUAGCCCUGGAUUUUCGCCACCAAGAGAGACAGACAGGUUAAUGACACAGUCUGUCUCAGAAUUCCAUCUCAGCAUGUAUUGUAUAUGUUCAACAGAUGCCUAUAUUCAAAGGGGGUAUCCAGAAAUCAGAUCAAGUCUGCUCUUGUAAGAGUUUUGUCAUUGUUUUUGGGACAGUCUGAGUUCAUUGAUCAGGGAAGCCUCAGUUUUACAGAGAUACAAAAUCUGUUUAGAAUUCAGUGAAGACAAAUGAUAUUUAAAAAAAGAAUAAAAUAUUUGUACAAUUUA